GAAAGCCUUCCCCUCCGAGCCCUUCCUACAGACCUGAACCGACGGAGAACGCUCUCAGCCCCUUCGGAGACAGUGUCUACAGACAGGAGGCGUACUACGAACGACUAGAACCUGGAACUCAGUGCAAGCCAAAAUCUUUGUUCUCGGCUGAACUUCCGGUCACACAGGUCAUCACCAACAUGGCUCUCGAAGCUGAGGCUAAGCGCAUGGUUGCGCAGUUUGAAUACACUGCCGAAGAUGUGAACAAAGGAGUGAAAGAGUUCAUACGGGAAAUGGAGGAAGGCCUAGAAAAGCAAGGAGCCAUGAUGAGCCAGAUUCCAACAUAUGUCACCUCAGUACCCAACGGCACAGAAAAGGGUGUAUAUCUUGCAGUCGACCUAGGCGGAACCAACUUCCGAGUGUGCUCCAUCACUUUGCACGGGAAUCAAUCGUUCUCGCUACAACAAUCGAAAGUACCCGUUCCCCGAACACUGAUGGAAGCCAAGACUUCGCACGAGCUAUUCCACUUCCUUGCCAAACAGAUAGAGGCUUUCCUCAAGGCACAUCACAAGGACCAUUUCGAGAAGCACCGAAAGGAUGGGGUGGUGGAGGAGGAGUUCUUCGACCUCGGGUUCACCUUCAGCUUUCCCGUCAACCAAGUAGGCAUCAAUAAAGGACAUCUUAUGCGGUGGACGAAAGGUUUUGAUAUCCAAGAGGCAAUCGGCCAGGAUGUUUGUGGGCUGCUACAAAAAGAGAUUGACGCCUUGGGACUUCCAGUUCGAGUCGCGGCACUUGUUAACGAUACAGUAGGAACCUUGAUGGCCAGAUCGUACACGUCUCCAGGCAAGCACAAGACUCUGAUUGGUGCUAUCUUCGGCACUGGCACAAACGGUGCCUAUGUCGAAAAGCUUGAAAAGGUGAAAAAGAUGAAGGCUAUCGAAGAAGCAGAGGGCGGCAAAGCCAACUAUGACAGUUCCACGGGGUUAAUGGUCAUCAACUCGGAAUGGGGUAGCUUCGACAACGCGUUGAAAGUGCUUCCCAACACCCCAUACGACAUUGACCUGGAUCGAGAAUCGGUAAAUCCCGGCAUUCAAAUGUUCGAGAAGCGUGUAUCAGGCAUGUUUCUAGGAGAGAUUCUCCGACGGGCACUACUGAGCCUGCACGAACAUCCAGACGAGGGCAUUGCAUUGUUUAAGGACGCGUCCUCGCACGACAACGAUAUUAGAAGUACCACUACCGUGGGCGAGGACAGUGCUCUGUUUAAGCAAUGGGGCAUUGAUACCUCUUUUCUUUCGAUCGUGGAAGAAGACCAGUCCGACCAUCUGCGCAUCACCAAGCAGACGCUGGAAAAGGAAUUGAAGAUUGAGGCUGCAUCAACUGAAGAUUGUGUAGCAGUCAAGAUGUUGGUCCAUGCCAUUGGCAAACGAGCAGCCAGACUCAGUGCUGUUGCACUUGGUGGUGUGGUUCUCGCGACAAACAAGCUGCAGGAAGAGGAGAUGGUAGAUAUCGGCGUGGAUGGCAGCUUGGUUGAGUACUAUCCUGGCUUCGAAGAGUACAUUCGUGAAGCAUUCAGAGAGACUGAAGGUAUUGGCGAAGAUGAGAAGCGCAUAAGAAUAGGGCUGGCAAAGGAUGGCAGCGGACUGGGUGCUGCUCUUAUUGCUCUGGUGGCGCACAAUUCGGAUCAGCCGUUGUAGUAGGUUGGCUCCCAUCUUCCGCCAAAGAGACGACCAAAUGUUGCAUUUACAUAAUUGAUAACGAGCUUUCAAAAGCGAGAGUACAUGGCUUUAAUCAUGCAUGGGACGAUUGCAUUCUAAGAAUUGUUGGUUGCGAACAGUUUUUGGCUGAAGUCUUGGGGUGACGGAUAUAAUUUAUAUUCAAGAGUCAUCGAAUUCUAACUUACGACAUA